GCUUGGCGGAGAAACACAUCACUUUUCUCAGUAAUAGGCACCUAAGAUUUACCAACUAAAUUAUUUCUCGUGACCUACAGGGGAAGUCUUCAAUCAAAAUGCGAAGUUUCAGCUUUGUCAUCGCUUUCCUAAUUCCUGUCUGUAGCUACGGAGAAUGUUCACGUCUGGGCGGUGGAAAGACUAAGGCGACUUUUACAGCGUGAGUAAAAUGCAAAUAGUGUUCAAAAUGAUUCUCAAUAACCAACUACCGCCUGCAAUUAGGGAACUUGGCAUACGCAUUUCAGGGGCAUGAAAAGAUCGCCUUGAUUCGUUUUUGCCUAUAUCGGGGUGCCCUGCUCAGCUCUGGGAAAAGUCUCACAAUGUUUUAAUUUGAUCAUAUAGCAUCAUUCAGUAAUGUACAAGCCUUGGUAGCUUACUCUCCGCUUCUUUUUUGAAUACAACUAGUCCUGCAAGUCUAAUGAACUUAGAAAGGAAAUAUGUACAAGUAACCAGCCUUUUAGUAGUACUGAUCUCUUAAAAAGCCAAAGAAUAUUUUAUACUGCAAAAUAUCCCCUUGAAAUGUUGCCUGUUAAGAAGAAAUAAAAAGGCAACUGACCGCGAUGAGAAACGCAUUUCUGGAAAAAGAUAAAACUUUUAACUUUGUUACUAUGCAACUAGCACUGGCAGGUCAUUGCAAAAGGCGCGCACUAGACUUCAUUGAUUUAAGUCUCAUUCCGGUUCCAUCCUGAUGCCAUAAUCCGUCCGUUAUCAUGAUGCCGGAACUCAUCGUCCCAAAUUGGCCACCCUUUUAGAUAACCAAGCUUUUCGCCUCAGCCAUACUUGUUGAUACAUAUUUUAGUUUUUCUGUUAAAGUUGACAUUUUACACGUUUUUCCAUUAAAGCUGACAUUUUUGUUCUGAUUUUUGACAACUCUGCACCACCAAGUACUUUGAAAACAUUAAACAAGCUGAACCGGCAAUGGCAGCGGAAAAACUAAUUAGAGUAUUUCAAUUAAUUUCAUUUUCCUUUCAUUUUGACAUUUGCUAGGAUCAGGGAUAGAAAAUAAUUUUACAACAAGUUACCCUAAUGAGUGCUAAAAAUUGAUCUUAAAGACGUUCUAUCGUUAAGUCUUUAAAUUUCAGUCUCCUUUUUUGGGCUCAAAGUAGACGUACAAGAUUUAGCUUCACUUCUCUAAAAUAUACAAGAAAAAUACCGGUUUCAUUUCCUUUUUAGUGGUCUCUGUUUUAUUUUUCGUAAUCCCCUAUCCUUUGUUGCUUGAUUAUUUUGAUUAUUCGUGUUUUUUUUGUAAACAAAAGUAAUUUAGGAGACGUUUGCCAAAGAAUGUGGAAUUCAGCAGGGAACAAUCUGAAAAUUGGUCAGGAUAUCGUCAUCUAUGCGGGAAUUAAACCACAUCCCCUGAUUACGCUGACAAAGCUAGGGAAAGCAAAGAUGAAAAGAGACAUUUUCGUGAAAUUUAAAGGUGAUCUUUUCUUUUUUGAUUUGUUCUCAGUUUAAUUCUAAUAAUUUCUUAAAUAAUUGAAAACAAGCUUGUCUGUCAUGGUCUUAAAGUAUGAGAAGUCAAAGUCUUGGGAUCGAUCGCCGGAAGAAAUCGUUAUUUAUCCCCAGUGUAAUCCAUGUAAUCACUGCAAACUACCUGUAAUGUUUCACAAAACAGGGUUAUUUUCCCCUAAACAAGUUAUCAAAGAGAAGACACAGUUGAAGCGCACCGUUUCCCUUAAUUAUCCGCUAUUCAAGACGCACAUCUCCUCGAGAACGCGAAGUGCGAUCGGCUUUAGCUGCCUCAUUGUCCCCGGGGGUACCCUUCCUUGCUUGGCUUAAACGGGUAUGUGCCGCUGAACAGGAUCAGAGUAUACAAUUUCACCGUUUAGCAUCUUGGACAGGGUGUAUUUCUUCGACGAGUCAAGCCUUUGAAAGAGAGGGAAGGUUAGCAGUGAGCGGUCUACAAGAUUGUGGUAUCAACAGUCAUUUUUUUUUUCUUCAAAAAACUAAAUUCCGUGAUAUUAGUUUGAAAAAGUCCGUGUGCAAAACGAAACGAAUCAGGCUCAUAAAAAAGGUCUUUUCUCUUAAAAAAGGGUCAGGUUGUGCGAAGGCCUCGGCGGCACACCUCUUCCCAAUAUUUUCUUGAGUGGCUCCCCGGGCCAUAUUCUCUCCAGAACAAUUAGAAAGAUUUGUCUAUCUCUCUUAAGCCUUGCUAGAUAAUUACGAGGCAGACGAAAAUCGACCAGAAAAGACUAAUGCUACAGAACUGCUGGAAGAGGAUGCUUUGAUCGACGCCAUGGUUGUCAGUGGAGGGCCAAUGGAUAUUGCCUUUCAGUAUCUCAAAGAUCAAGGCAGUAUUUCAUUCAAUGUAAAUACCACAUUUGACUUUCUUUACCCUACCUCCUACCCCUCAAUACGCCUGAUGAUCCUUAAUGCUUAAACUAAAGGGAAUAUGCCGUAUUUACAAAGAAUUUCUCACUUGUGAUGAGUGAACUUUUUAAAUGUUUCCUCCCCAUGGGGAGUCUCGAAUCAUCUGAGAGGUUUUCAAAUCAUUUUUUUAUUUAUUUAUAUUUAUUACUUGUUUGUUUAGUCACUCACAUUACAUAGAGCGGUUUUCAUUUGAGUGUCGAAAAGUAAUUGGUUUUGCACUUUCUACACGAUGCGAUUGGCUUAAAAGAUUCGCGCCACCUUUUCAUCCAAUCAGAAGUAAAACCAAAGCCAAUUGUGACGCGCCCGCAUGCAUUUUCCCGCGCUUUGCGUCAGCCACAUGUAAUUUCUUCGAGUUUUGAUUGGUUCAAUGUAUUGUCUGUGUCCUAUGUGAUUGGCCAGAGUAAUUACUUUGGUUUUGGUUUUACGACACUCAAACGAAAACCACUCUAACAUUAAACACAUUUAACAAAAUUUGGUAAUCAGUACUUGUAAGCAAAUGUGACAAGGCAGCCUAACUUAAGCUACACAACGACUAAGAAUUCGUUCGUUUGAUGAAAAUUUUAAAGAUAAAGAAAGUAUCGGGAAAGCGGUUUCACAUAUCUGUAGUCUCCGAUGCCCGACUGGUGGGUUUGACAAAAAUCUCGACGUUGACAAAACUUCUAUCUGUUUGUUAUCAUGUUUUAGUGCCUUGACCAAUUCAAGCCUGUCUUAAAGAAGAUGUGGUUUGAAAAGUACGCUAAAAGACGAAAGGGUCCUCAUUUUUCUGGAUUUGAGCACACAUUUGUAGGUAAGGCUCUUCAUUUUAAUUUUGUGCCAUAAAAUGUACUAUACCCUAUCAAACGUUGCCUAUCGUUAAGGUUGCAUUUUUGAAAGACAGUAGAGCUUUUGUUUCAUACAUUCUUUUGUCAGUUUCGAAAAGGGGCGUUUGACGUCUAAUCGGAUAUGAUCGGUACAUUUUCGUUGUGACGCUUUCUCACUUAGUAGUGGUCUAGUGCUUUUACUUGUAGUUUCAUCUUAAAUUCAUUCAUAAGACGAAGCUGGUGCCACUCCUAGCAAAAAAUGGGAGAAUUAAUAUCGUACGAAUUUGUUCUAGCAAGAACUCAUAUUUUGCGUAUAUCAAAGGACUAUUCGUUUAUCAUGUUAAAGCUUGCCACCUUGUACGAUCUUGUCUUCAUGAUUAGGAGAAGUGGUUUAUGACUGGAAAACCAAACGUAGAAUCACGACGGGAUUUCACAACUGGAUCCAAUUCCUUUCUGAGAAGCAAACAGGGAGGCUAACCUAUUCUCCUCCACCCCUGGGAAGAUCUGUUAACACUGAGGUACAUUUUAAACCCUCCUGUUUAAACUCAAGGCAUGCGAUGCCGUUUUUAGGUUUUGUGAAACUGACUCGAUGUUGCGUCGAAUUGCACCUGCUUCUGAAUGCUAUUACGUUUCUUUUAUUUGGCUGUUAAAAGCUCGGCAGGGGAGAAAUGUACUCUCUAUAAUGGCCUAUACGGGGAGGCUCCCCGGAAGGGGUAACUCCGUUAGGCUUCCGUUAGAUGAAAGGGUAGGGAUUUCAUUUCGGGCUGUAAAAAGGUUCAAAGGGCUAAAAGAGUCAACAGAUGCAUUUCAAGCCCAUGAAAAACUCGAGAAAACGUUCUGGUUUUGUGAUUUAUUCGUAUUAAAAGACAGUGCAUCUACAGCAGUUAAAAGGGAUGUAAAGUUCUAAACUAGGUAUGUGAAAGGGGUACCAUUUGUCAAUAGAAGAAAUUCUAUACUAAAGCAGUACCUUUUGUCACUAGGGAAUAGGCGGUUUACCUCGGGGCAGAGCCUCCCCAUAUAACCUUUUGUUGAGUACCCGCCCCGGGGAAGGAAAUGAUCGUCACUGAAAACAGUCCCAUGUUGCAGUUCGACACAACUCCGACCCAGUCUCUCGCGAGCGGAAUUUUCGGUAACUUUCAAAUGACCGGCAAUAGAGAGUUUCAAACAGUUGGUUUAAUUUAUAGUGGUUUAUGAACACUUACGAACAAAAUAAAACUCCACAAACAUUGAAAAGGUCAUUAAAAGAUGUCAUACAGUGGAACCUCGAUAUAACGAACCUCUAUAUAACGAAGUCAUCGGUAUAGCAAACGAUUUCUUUGUAUAAUGGUAAAAUAUAUGGAAAAGAACCUCGAUAUAACGAAACCUCGUUAUAACGAACAUUUUUUGCCAGUCCCUUGGCCCUUCGUUAUAUCGAGGUUCCACAGUACUUUCCGCAAGCCCAUAUUUUAUUGAAUUCUGCGUUUCCAUUGGAAUGAACGGAUUAAAUGAAUAGCUUUUCUAGGGUUGAAAAUUGUAUGAUCCUUCAAAAGUGUUUUGGUUAUCUUAGCUUUCUCUAAUUUCAAAGUUAAGCAAGUUGGUUUCAUGACUAUAUAGCUGCCGUAGCCAGGGUUGAAAUUCAUUUUUGGAUUCGAUUUAUUUAUCUUAGCCAGCGUUGAUCAGAGCCAGAUUUCAGUGGGGAGGGGCCAGUAAACCUCCAGGAAGCAGCUUUUUUAUUGGUACGAGCCCAGCCUUUGAAAUGGCCUUGUACACUGCGUGUUUUUUCCAGUCAUCUACCUGCACAUGUCAAAUCAACGGAAAACCACUGACCAUAACGUCCGUUAACUUCAACAAAAAAGGAUUUGUACUAACGGCAUUUCCAAGGUUUUGA